CCGGCCGCGCCAGUGACGUUGACGCGGGGCAGGGGCGGCCAUUUUCCGUUUCCGGAGUAGUUUCGCCAGCGAACGAGCGAACGGCGCGGCGGCCAUUUUCCCCCCAUGGUUAGUAUCGCAGCCUAGGAGUUCCCCGCCCGCCCCCUUCACAUCAUGCCCGGCCGCCUGCCUUCCCGGCAUCACUCCCUGCUCGGCCAGGAGCGCCCACGGCCUUCAGCUCUUCAGUAGAUCCUGUCAGGGCUGGGUGCUGCGUGAGGUGCGGUCCGGGGCUCCCCCCACCCCCUGAUUGAGGGGUGUGUUGAGGAGAGAGGGGGUGACCGCGUCCUGCCGGCCCGCCCCGCACCAGGCACGGGGCUCGCCCGGCCAGCAUGGCUCUAGGAUGCGGCCGUUUAUCCAGCUGCCUUACUGCGGAGAGCCGAGAAACGUGCGGCUUUCACCACAGCGUCCCGGCUUGGGACUGGCCUGCGAUCGGAGAGUAACGCCCACAGCACAGCAAACGCAUCGGCUGCAGGCACAGGAGAAUUUGAAAGGAUUGUUGCAGUGACUCCAUCUGAUUCUGACAAAUUUUAAGAAGUGCUGGAUAAACGGCAACACAAUGAGUUCCCUUGAUGCAGCAAUAAAGACUGAAAAAAGAGAUGAGAGUGAAGUGAAUGCUGAGUUGUGGCACGAUGAAUCCAAAGAUCACAAGAGCAACAAUAACGUUAAUGAAAACGCACGUGAGGUAGCGGAGAUCUGUGUUGUGAUUGGUGAGGAUGGGGCUCAACGCUGUUCUGAGCAGGAUCAACCCAAUAGUCAAUCCAGUGAUAUUGACGGGCACCCUGGGAAAUCCAGCCAAAUGAAUGAUCAGGAGGAAAACAUGGAGUGGAAGCCACAGCAGCAGGCUUCACUAAAGGCCUAUAUAUGUGGUGCCUGUGGGAAGAAGUACAAGUACUACAGCUGCUUCCGGGCACAUGUGAGAGCACACCUAGAAAAUGAAACCUCCUCUGUAUCAGCUGAAAAUUCUCCACAGGCAAGUGAAAAAUUUUAGGUAUAUGUGUGACAUUUGUGGCAAGAAAUAUAAAUAUUACAGCUGUUUCCAAGAACAUCGGGAUUUGCAUGCAGUGGAUGAUCCAUAUGAUCAUGCGGUUGAGACACCAGCAGAAGUGAAAACUGAACAGGUGGACGAAAUUGUACGCAACCCUGGAUCAAAGACAGGUAGUUAUAUCUGUGAAUACUGUGGCAAGCGAUACAAGUAUUACACUCCUUACCAGGAACAUGUGGCUUUGCAUGCAUCAUCUGAUGCAGAAAGUCCUCUUGUCAAAAGAAAUGAAGCUAAACUGCCAAAUGCCUGUGAAGAAAACAAUAGCUCUCAGAAUUCUAGUGGUGGUGCCAGUGUACAGAAAUCAGACCCUCCUUCUGUAAAAAAUGGUUCUACUUGUCAGACCUGUGGAAAUGAGCACAAACACUGUACCUGCUUAAGGCAACAGGCACAUAAUAGCCGAUCUAGAGAGCAGUACACGUGUGGGGCAUGUGGGAUUCAGUUCCAGUUUUACAACAAUCUAAUAGAGCACAUGAAUUCCCACGCAGCUGAUAAUGAAAACAGCAUAGCGAUUAAACAAGUGCAAUCACCACGGACGUCGACGACAACAACGACGACUACUACUGCUACUGCCGCCGCCGCCGCUUCUGCUGCUGCCGCCACUACAUCCACUACCCCUGUUGUUGCUACAGCUGCUGCUUCUCCAGAGAAGAAGAAUGCCCAUCGCCAGGGUAACUGCACAAAUGAUGUGAAUAGCUCUGUCCUUGAAAAAGAACGCCAACAUGUUGCCGAGAAGUUGCUGAGGGUGAUGUGCGCUGAUCUGAAAGCACUGCCUGUGAUUAAUGGCAAAGACUUUGUGAAGCUUGCACAGACACUCGUGGACAUCGGAGCACGUUAUGGAUCCUUCCCUGUAGGUGAUGUCCUUGGGGAUAUGAACACUCUUGCUCUGAAACACCUACCCAGAAUGUACAACCAGGUGAAGGUCAAAGUGACAUGUGCACUGGGCAGUAACGCUUGCUGGGGGAUAGGCGUCACCUGUCAUUGUCAGAAUGUAGGGUCGGAGUCUUUCUACAUCCUAACAGCACAUCAGGCGGAGGGGUUGCAAAUUAAAAGGUAUGUGCUGGGUAUUAAAGAGGUCGAUGGGAAAGAAACUGGUGAGCAGGUUCACCAGUGGGUCUUGAAUGUCCUUUCAGAAUUUGUCAUGUCAGAGAUGCAAACGAUCUAUGUCACGGAUAGCAAAGUCAGCUCUGCCGCAUUGUUGAAAGCUGGGAUGUGCCUGCGAUGUUCAGCCUGUGCAUUGAACUCAACAGUAAGGAGUGUACUUAAUGAAAGAACAUUGCAGGCACAAAACAUGCCAGAGGUUACUGAACUUGUGAGUAACUGCAUACAGAUAAUGAGUUCACUGGAACAAGGAACUGGCACUCCAGAGUUGUCCAGCAUUCUUGAGGGGCAUCAGGCUCCUUGUUGUUGGAAUUCUGUUGCAGACUCUCUCCUCCUCGUACAUGACAAGUAUGAACAAUUACGAGAAUUAAUCAGCAGCAGAAAGGAACUCAAACACUUCCAAAAUUGCAAUAAAACUUUGUUGAGUAAUCUUGCUGCCAUUUUGACACCAGUGAAGCAGGCUGUAAUUGAACUGAGUUGUGAAAACAAACCAACAUUGCAGCUUGUGCUCCCAACCUACAUCAAACUAGAGAAACUCUUCACUUCCAAAGCUAACGACGCAGGCAGUGUAAGCAAACUCUGCCACCUCUUUCUGGAAUCUUUGAAGGAGAACUUCAAAAUGGAGAAUGCUCACAAAGUAGCAAUGGUGCUUGACCCACACUCUAAGCAUUUGAGGUCGGUGCCGCAUUACCAACAAGAGGAAGUAAUUAGUCGAGUGUGUGAAAUGAUUUCGGAUAUUGGGCAGUCUUGCGAAGAUGUCGUUGAAUUUCAGCCAGCGAGAAAGAGAGUGCGCGGGAUUAGUGAAAACCCGAAAAACCCCUCGGAGGCAAAUCGGGAUGAACGCAAAGAGGAAGUAUUUCAAUAUCUAAAGGAACCUGUGCCCAAUAAAACAACAGAUCUGUUUAGUUACUGGUCAAAUACCACUCAAAAGCAUCCCAAGUUAGCCAAACUUGCCUUCUGGCUUUUGGCUGUGCCAGCAGUUGGUGCGAGAAGUGGCUGUCUGAAUAACCUUGAGACAUUUUCAGGAAAGCAGAAGAAGCAGCUGACACCAGAGGUGAUGAACAAACUAAUGUUUCUGAAAUCCAACCUGCAGUAGCUGCCUCUCUGACUGACACAUUGGUGCUUUAAAGCAAAACUUAACCCAGGUGGUGAAGUCCGUUUUAUUACAUAACUUUUUUCUUACUGUGAUCAUUUUUGUGUCUUAUUUCUGUGAUCUACGUGGUAUUUGUUGAGACGUUCUCGGUGAGCUGCCCCCGAUGGCUCAUUGGGCCUGUCCAGUGAGCGGUUGGACAAUGCAGGCCAGGAAUUUCCCAAAGUUGAUCCCUGAUCUGUACCCAGGAAAUAACAGGAUGGGUAUCAAUUGACUGUUUUUGGGCCAUGCUAUUAUUAACCUAAGUAAAUAGUUAGUGUUGUUCAUUGAACGUGUUUCCUGGACCAAGGACAUGGGCUGUAUUGGUUGCACAGUUUGCAAUACAUUGGCUAAUGCUACAUUUUAAUUGAAGUCACCAAGCCAGAAUUGGAGCAUGCAUUAAGCUAUGGAAAAUCUGUAGCUUGUUUAUUUUGCGCUUCCAACAGCCACCAGGGUCAAAUCUACACGCCCUCAAUCAUGUUACUGUUGUCUGCCAAUGCCCUGUUUGUGUGUACCAAAUACGCAAAGGAUAAAAUGGUUUUAUUCUCAACUGUUUAAAAAAAGGCAGCAGAUAAUGGGAGUUGAGAAGUCCGAUUCCCAGCCAAAGUUCAAGUCCUUCACGGUUUUCCACUCUGCCUGUGUUCUCCUGGCUUUGUACUGAUAACCAUCUUUAACAUGGGCAAUUGUCUCUAAUUGCAAUGUUGCAGAUGGUGCUGUUGUAUAUUACUUGUCAAAAUCAGUGGAACUAUUAUCUUCUAUAUGAGAUGUCUGCUAUUUCAAAAGUGGUUAUCUGACAGUCAUUUAUAUUAUUAAAAUGUCAUGUUCUCUGAAUAGAAAGUUCCCAGACUAUGAAAUUUGAUGUCCAAAUUGAUGUGGAACGAUGAGAAUUUAAUAUUAAAUAUUUAUCAGUUCAGUGAGAGGAAUGUCUGACUUUCAGAUACCUGCUAUAUAUAUAUAUAUAUAUAUAUAUAGGGCAAAGAUUGCUCAGUAACUGCUCCUUUUGAGACAUGAAAGGGAUGUGUUAGCAAAUGUUGAACUUGUUUGUUUUUAACUGGUUUUAUUUUAAACUAAGAAAGCCAUACUCAACCAAAUAUGAAAAUACAACAAUCCAAAAACAGUGUGCCACUACUGACGAAAGUGUCUGGAAAUCUUUGAUGCGAAACAUAACUGAACAAAAUAUCACUGCGCAGAGCAACUCUCUCUUCCAUUCCCCAUUUUGUACAAUGCCUCUGGUUUGUAAAUCCACUCGAAAGCCGAUAUCAAAACCAAAAUAAAUUUCCACCGUUGGUUUAUCAUUAAAGCAAAGCAAUGUAUAGCAUCAAAGGAGUCUAUUGUGCCCAUGCAAAACAAAAAUAGACAAUAGUUUGAUCCCAUUACAUAGCGCUGUCCAUGGGUCUGCAGGCACAGUUCUCAAGUCCUGAUCUUUUUAAAACUACUUUCUGCUUGCCCCUCUCUUUCAGGCAGUGAACUCCAGAUUAUGGAAAUAUAAUUCUCAACUCCCCAUUACCCUAUGAUCUUACAUAAAUGCCCCCCCUAGUUAUUGUCCUCUCUGCUAAAGGAAAGGAAAUGUCUCGUUCCUGUUUAUCCUGUCUAGGCCUCUAAUAAUUUUAUGCACCACUAUUAAAUCUCUCUUUGUCUCCUUUGUUCCAAAGAAAACAAUCCAGCAGAGACCGUCUCUAAAUUUCAAUUCUGACUUUGGCAGCUUUCUUGUUUAUCUGUACUAAAGUUGGCUGAAAUAAAUGACAAAUAAGUUACAUAAUUUACUGUAGUGUCUGCUGCCACGAGUACUCUUUCUACAACUCAAUGCGGUAUACUGAGUUGGUCUGUUCUUCCACUUGGUCAUUAAGCCCUAGUGCGGAAUUACCAUCUUACAAUCUGAUUGGUGAUUCUAUUCAAAUAUUACCCAGCAAGGCACAUCCUAUGCAUUCAGAAGUCUUAAUUUGAUUAUGUCUGUGCUCUGUGUGUAUUUUCUCAUGACUCUUCCAGUUUCCAAUAUACCUGAGAUGGGAGCCUGCAUCAUCUGACUAAAUAUGAACUCCACAUAGACUGCUACUGCACAACCCUUCCACGAGAAAAAGAAUCUGACCUAAAAUAUCGUUAUCCAUGUUCUCCAGAGAUGCUGCCUUAUUCCCUUAGUAACUCCAGCACUUUGUGUUCCACUUAUGAUGUCAACAUCUGCAGCUCCAUGUGUCUCCAAUGGACUAAUGAUCUGGCCACUGCCCCAGUUCUUCCUUGUCCAGUUGAUCAACUUAAUUGAAUCAAUCAUGUCUGAAGAAGGGUCUCGACUCAAAACUUCACCAAUUCCUUCUCUCCAUAGAUGCUGCCCCACCCUUAGUUUCUCCAGCAUUUGGUGUCUACAUGGCCUUGUCUGACCAACUUGAUUGAAUGGUUUCAAGAUGUAACAGGAUAUAUUAAGAGUUGUGCAAUUGUAGUCAUUACAUGGAGUUCAAUAAGGUCUAUAGCAAAACAGUGUAUAGGAUCAAGGACAAAUGAGCAAAUUGGCAGCAUUCUAUCCUCAAAAGCUGACAUCGACUCUGAGGUCAACCAUCGCCUGAGUUGUGCCAGUACAGCCUACGCCAGACUCAGGAAAUGUCUUUGAAGACCGAGACCUAAAGGCUCAAUCAAAACUGCUGGUCUACAGGGCCGUUGUCCUCUCCACCCUGUUGUAUGGAGCCGAGUCAUGAACCACCUACAGCAGGCACCUGAGAGCUAUGGAACAAUACCAUCAAAGAUCCUUACGAAAAAUUCUGAGAAUCAGCUGGGAGAACAAACGCACCAACAUCAGCGUUUUGACGGAAGCCAACAUGACCAGCAUCACCCCCACAAUAAUGCAGCACCAGCUUCGAUGGACUGGCCAUGUCAUCCGCAUGUCUAACACAUGUCUCCCUAAACAAAUCCUGUACUCUCAAUUGAAGGAAGGUCGGCGGGCCAAAUAAACGCUUCUAGGACAACAUCAAGAACAGUCUGAAGAAAUUCCACAUCACAUUGAGCAACACCGUACUGGACAGGCACUCCUGGAGGAAAUCCGUGCAGGAAGGAGCUGCAUGUCACAAAAUGGAACUACGCCGUGUCGCAGAGACAAAGCGACAGCACCGUAAGGAGAGAGAGAAGGGGGCUUGACGACUACCAGCCACCGCCAGUCUCCACUGCCCACGUUGCACCAAGGUGUGGAUCAUGGAUCGGCCUCUACAGACAUCUGCAGACCCACAAGUAGACGACCCUAUGGAGAGGAGAGGACAGUCAUACUCGUUUCAAGUGACCGCCAAUGAUGAUAACUGUAGGGAACAGUGCUGGGACCCUUGCAAUAUAAAUUGAAUAACAAUUUGGUUAUGAAUGUAGGAGGUGUGAUUUGCAAGUUUGCAGAUUACCCUAAUUGAUGUUAAUAGUGAGGAGGAUAUUUAGAUCAUUUGACAAUAUGCACAAGAAAAUUGGCAGGUGGGAUUUAGUUCCAGUAAAUACUAUUAAGUGUAGAACACACAAUGAAUGGUAGAGCCCCAUGAACAGGGCAACCUUGUUACCAGUCCAAAGAUUCCUGAUGGUGGCAGCCCAAGUUAGGAAGGCACUGGGGAUACCUGCCUACAUAAGCCAGGGUGUAGAAUAUCAGAGCAGAGGGGUUAUGAUAUAACUUUGUAAAGAUCGGUUCAGCCACAGCUGGGGUGCUGUGUCCAGUUUGCUUUCCACACUAUAGGAAAGAUGCUGUAUUGGACGAGGUGCAAUGCAGACUCGGCACAUUCCCCUGGGGUGGAGUGUUUUAGUGGUGAGAGACCAGAUGGGCAGAUUUCAUUUCCUCUGGUAGAGGAGACUGAAGGUUUCCAGGGGCACCCGCUGAUGGAGGCAUAUAAAAUGGAGGGUUGUAGAAAGUAGGAAAUGUUCUCAGGUAACUGGAGGUAUCUACAAUAAUGGAGGGAAUAAGAUUAGGCUAAAGGGUGGAAGGUUUAGAAAGAAUCUGAGAAAGAACCUUUCACCUGAAAUCUGGAACUUACCACCUGGAGGGGCGGUGGAGGCAGAGACUCUCACAACAGUGAAAUAUCAAGACGAGAACUUGGAUGGGUAACACACAGACCAAGUGCUGGUACACGGAAUUAAUGUAGAUGGCUGCUUGAUGGUUAGCAUAUGGUGGGCCAAAGGGCCAGUGUCUCAUCUGUGUAAUGUCUCUUUAAUAAUUGGAUUUAUCUGAGACCAGAAUAAAUAUCUGCCAUUUUUAACACAUUGUUCAGCUAGAGGUGAUACUGCAUCAUCCCUUUUCUAAAUUAUCCUAUAAAUUCCUAACUGCCACUCAUUUUGACAGGGAGAGAAAAAAAUUACACAUUUCAGGCUAAAGGAUAUGUAAAAUUCUGUUCAGUGUAAGGCACUCUGUAGUUUCAAAUUCAAUUAGAGCCGCAUAAAUGGGGGAGCUUUAUUCAAAGGAGCACGACUUACAUUGAAUUGUUAAUCACCCGAUGCAACCUAGUCUUUACCACAGUCAGGCUUGUUGACCUGUAUAUAUGAAUUAAACAGAAAUUGUGACUUA